AUGGCACGCGCUAUUUUUCUUCUCCUUCUAUUACAGCCGCUCCUCUCGUGUGCGCUCGCUGUCACUGAUAUCCAGUCAGCGAAUCCCACCAUUCGCGAUACUCAAUCUCUGUCUACUGAAGAUGGGGAAGAAUCCCUCUCCCAAGAACGCGCGCUCUCAUCGCUUGAGCCCCGAACCAGUAGCAAACCCUUUGCGCUGCGCACAUUGCCUCUCGGCGCCUCCAUAACCUGGGGUUACAAAUCACCCGAUGGCAAUGGAUACAGGGAGUUUUUGAGAAACAACAUGACUGCAGCCGGGUGGCAAGUCAACAUGGUCGGCAGUUUACGCCAUGGCAGCAUGACAGACAAUGAUAAUGAAGGCCAUGUGGGUCUCAGGGUUGACCAGAUUACCAAAAAGGCCGAGUUGUCGAUACCCAAGAAGCCAAAUCUCAUUUUGAUCAACGCCGGAACCAACGAUGCUGUUCAACACUACAAGACUUCGACCGCCGGCGAGCGCAUGGAUGACUUGCUCGACCGUCUAUACGAGGCCAUUCCGGAGACGACGAUCAUCCUGUCGACCUUGCUCCCAAGCAAACGGGUCCCUAAGACGGCCGCCAAAAUCAGUGCCCAGUACCGGACCAUCGUUGAGCAGCGCCAAAAUGCUAGUCAACGCAUCAUUUUGGCCGACAUGUCCAAAGGCGUUGACUCGCUCACCACUAAGGAACUAAUCGACAAAACUCACCCGACUGGAUUUGGCUAUAGCAAAAUGGCCCAGGUCUGGUGGAAUGCCAUCCAGGAAGCUGAGUCCAAGGGAUUCUUGACCGCACCGGCAGCCGUCCAGGGUAUCGACGAUGCAAAUGUCAGCCAUUCUUCUGACGACGAUAAACUAACCGAGGCGGGCAAGAUUGUUAUUGGUAUCGUCAUCCCUCUAGGUGUCAUCACCAUCGGCAGUUUUGCCUUUCUCUUCUAUCGCCGGUGGCAAAGGAAACGGCAGGGCAAGGAGCAAGAGCUGGGCUCGAUUUCUUCAUAG